UCUAGCAAGGACGACAUCUUGGACUGCUUAGUCCUUGGCUUAGAGAGGAUUUGCGCUGAUUAUCAAUUAACAGAGUAUAGAUUUGAAUUUAGAAUUCUCUAUGGAAGCAAUCAACAUGGAGAGCUCACUGGCUGGGGAGUUGAGUGCACUGCGGGAGAGAGCUGAAGAUUUGAUGAAAAGAGCGGAUCUGUUGAAAGCCAAUGGGAACAUCGCAGGAAUCGGAAAAGUAAAGAAAAAGAUCCAGUCUGAAUUGACUUUCAUUAAAUCGCUCCAAGAAGGUAAGGUGCUUCCCAAGAAGAACCAACUCAAGAGCACCAACCUGAGUCACCUCGAUGCCCUUCUCCACACGGUCGAGACCUUUGAUCACGUGACCGCCGUCCUGCGCCCCGUCCACUACGAGACGGAGGAUGGAUACGUCAGCAGUCUGCUCGUGGAUGUCGUUGGCCACAACGGGAAGUCGUGGGUCAAGAUCACGGCUCGGAAAGCAGAGGCGUUACACAGGAUAUGGGAAGGUGAAGGAGAGUACGGUGAACAGAACAUAGUUCAGCAGGUGGCGCAGUAUCAGGAUGCCUCUCGCCAGAACCUCAUAGACUUCUCUCCUCCAGCUGUUCACGUUGUCUUCUACUCUGGCAUUACACAGGAAGUGUCCGCUGAGUUGUUUGAUCUUGGAGCCGUUGUACAUGGUCAUAUAUACCAGACUGAGGAGGAGAUGAAGAAUAUGAAACCGGUCAUGCCAGUCUUUCAACAUGAGGAGGAAGAGAACGAGCUACUUCCCAAGUCGGACUCAAUACCCCAAGCAGCUAACAUGGACGUGACGACGAUGAUAGCCCUGGUAUCCGACCUUUGCCAUGGAGGAAGUAGUUACUCCUUCAAUGAACCUGUUAUAGAAGAACUCUCCCAACAAGAGAGGCAGAAACCAUUAUUACCAGAGUUGGAGAACUUUCUUAAAGAUAAAGAAUUAAUAGCAUGCGAGACGGCUAAACACGACUUCCAGGCGAUACUAGAGACGAUAGGAGGGUCACGAGAGAAGGAGAGAGCAGAGGAAUUAUUACAGAGGCUUCAUAUAGUCCCUGAUCAACCUUCAAGUAGAACAUUAAUGUUGACAUCCUCCAAUAGAAUAAAAGACAGAGCCAAGGUUAUAUUUGGGACAGGCGAUGCACUUAAGAUGAUAACCACCACGGCUAAUGAAGCCUUUGUUAGAGCAGCUUCCAAACAGGGCGUGGCUUUCUCCGUAUUCAUCCACCAAUCACGAGCCUUGACAGAGAAGAAACAGCAGAACCCAGCCAAAGCAUCCCCAUCUUCCUCUUCUAGUAACUGCAACUCAUUAACCCACAGUAUACAACAUCCACUGGGAUUGGACAAUAGCCAUAGCUACCCAUAAAACUGACCAAUCAUGGCUAGGGAUUCAAAAUGACAUAGGAAUGUCUUGUAGCAUGUGAGUGCAAGUGAGAUGAUAUACUUAUUUGUUGAUUUUUCGUGCUAUUAUGAUUUAUUUAUUUAUUUGUAUGUUUAAGGCCACUAUUAAAUGAAAAGAAUGACAUAUUCUCAAGAGGGAAACAGAACAUUUCUGGAUUUUUUAAGGGGACAAAAGUUAAGGCCAAUUUAUUUGAAAUUGAACACACAAAUGUAGUCAGUAUUAUGGCAAUCAUUGUUUUUGAAAACAUCAUUAGGUAUUAUGUUCACAAAAGACAAAAAGUGUUUGGUUAGAUAUUAGUAUUUGUAUGAAAUCAAGACUCAUUGUGAUUACAGUUGUGAUAUAAACUGUUUGAAUUCACGGCAAGUAAGUCUUCAAUUUGCAUUUCACACGGCUAUCU